AUGCCAGCAAAUCUACCUUCACCGCCAGAAAAUUGCCCGAUAUCAGAAAGGUUAGCGACAUGGGCUUGGGGGCCAGACAAUUUCGAACGCGAGAAAAGCUGGAAAUCGGAGACCGCUCCGUUUGGACUGAUACGCCAUCUGACAGGGAGCGGAAAAAAGGCGAUUGGACACUCGUCGAAAGAUACAACACGUGAUCGCGAGCAGGAGGAAGAGCGCAGAAGAGUAGCCGAACGUGACAAGCAACAGGCGGAUAUGGUCAAGCGCCAUAAGAAGAAGCAUAAGCGCGAUAAAUCCUUACUAGAAUUGCACCAAAAGAAGGCGAAAAAAGAAAAGAAGAAGAAAGACGCCGAGAGGGAUCCUGAUGAGCCCACGCGUAGACCGUUCGAUCGCAACAUCGAUUUGCAUGCCAAUCGGUUCGACGAGGCGCAGAAGAAGGCCAUCUUCAAAAAGGCACAGCUUCUGGAUACGCGGUUUUCGAGUGGGGCGUCCAAGUAUUUAUAAGCGUAGUACAAAAAAAACUGUACAGUUGCUUGCUACUCUAAUCAGACAAAAAUGUAUUACCGGUAGCCGUAGACUGGUCAGUUAAAAUAUUGGUAAUGUUUCUGUUAGUUUUAAUCGUAUACUUUACAUUUGUUCAGUUCACCGAGCGUAAGUUAUGAUGAUUUCUGUUUAGUAAGAAACAAUUACGACACCAUUUCACAUAUAAGACAACAUCGCUAAGCUACAAUAAAUUCUUUUAAUACACUUCGGAUAACAACCAUUUUUGCCACUGGACCUGUCCAGGAAAGAAAAAUAAAAUAAAAUUUUCGGAGAUA